AUGCGCAAGGAGAAGCAGUCGCCCAAGUCGUCGAUCUCGGCAAGAGACGCCGACUCCUCUGCUAGCGCCAAAGGGUGCGACGACAAGGAGGCGUCGUGCUCGCUGGUCGGCGUCAUGGAGCCGACCGUCUCGUUGGCGCCAGAGGCUGGCGAGGACUUGCAGGCGAUGGCGGGAGCUGUGCAGGCAAACCUGUCGGUGGUCCUGCUCGACAGCAGCUGCUCCCACCACCUGAUGGGGACGAGGGAGGUCUUCGUCGACCUGCAGCCGAGCGGCGGCGUCAAGCACGUGCGCGACUUCAAUGGGGCGCUGCAGGACUUCUUGCUGCUGAAGGACUACAAGACCCGCUACGUGUGGGAGAGGCCGGUCGCCAAGAAGUCGCACGUGCUGCAGGUGUUCGUACAGUGGCUGGCCAUGGCUGAGUGGCAGACGAAGAAGUCGGUGCUGAUGCUGCGUUCUGACCGAGGAGGGGAGGUCCUUGGGAAGGAGUUCACCGCCUUCGUGGAUGGCAAGGGGAUCGUCCACAACCUGACCUGCCCCUACACCCUACAGCAGAACGGCAUGGCGGAGCGGGAGAUGCGGACGAUGGUGGAUUUGGUGCGGACGAUGCUGCUGCACAUGGGCGUGCAGCACCACUGGUGGCAUCUCGCUUUUCGGCAGGCCAUCUGGAUCCGCAACUGCCUGGAGAGGUCGGCGCUACCGCCGGGGACGACGCCGUUCCAGGUGCUCACCGAGAAGAAGCCCGACUUGUCGCUUGCACGCGUGUGGGGCUGUUGGGCGCAGUUCCUGGUCCCCGCGCAGCAGCGAGGUGGGAAGCUGAAGCCGAAGGCCAGGCCAACCCGCCGACGGACACCGGCGACGCUCCCUCUGCUCGCCGAGGUCGGGGAGCCUGCUGCUGAGGACGUCGAGAACGUCCCCUCUUCCUCCCCUGCCCCUCCCCUUGUGGCCGACCUGCGUGGGCUGACUCCGGUGUCGGCCUUCGGAGAUGAGGGGAGCAGUGUGACGUCGCCUAUGACGCCAACCGAGUGCAUUGCCGGUGGGAGACGUGACGUGGUGGAGGUCGGCGUGGGUAUGAAGUCGUCACCGACAAGGGAGGAGCAGGCUGUGGAGGUGCAACCAAAGUUGGAGAAGACAGGGGAGCGGGCAGCAGCGAAGCCGACCAAGGGGCAGUCGGCGAUUGGGCAGUCAGCAGGGGAGCCGACCGCAUUGGAGAAGUCGGCUGGAAUGCCGACUACGAUGCAGCAGGACACUGAGGGCAGCGAUGGCGGUGACAACGGAGGGGAUGCCGAGGAGUCCACCGAUAGUGACGUGGUGGAGGUCCAGACGGGACCACGGGAGUCAGGCCGAAUUCGGAGGCCGCCCGACUUCUACGUACCCGCUGCCUUCACCACAGCGUACAACGGGGUCGACGACGACCUGCUGUAUGACAACGCUGGGGACGAUGAAGAACUGUCGGAGCUCGACCCCGACAUGCACGCCGACCUCGAGCAUCGUUGGGACAUCUCAACGAUGACGGUGAAGGAGGCAUUGGCGAGCUGGAAGGGCAAGGCGGUGAAGGCCGCCAUGGCCGAGGAGAUCCGCAGCCUCAUUGGCAUGGGGACGUGGGAGCUGGUCGAACGCCCGCCGGGGGUAAACGUCAUGAAGAACCGGUGGGUGUUGACGACGAAGUAG